CAGAUUCCUUCUCUUCCCUCUCUAUCCCUCCUCCCUCACUAUGCUCGCCUCCUUCAGAACCGCGGCGCCUGCCGCCAAAGUCGCUCAGCGCAUGUUCAGCAGCUCCUCCAAGGCUGCGAACUAUGACAAGACCAUCAAGAACAUGUUGAUCAACAAGCAGACCAAGGUUGUCUGCCAGGGAUUCACCGGCAAGCAGGGUACAUUCCACUCCAAGCAAGCGAUCGAGUAUGGCACCAAAAUGGUCGGAGGUGUCUCCCCCAAGAAGGGUGGCCAGACCCACUUGGGACUCCCUGUCUUCAACACAAUUGCGGAUGCCGCCAAGGAAUUGAAGCCCGACGCUUCUGUUAUUUAUGUUCCUCCUCCUAUGGCUGCUGGUGCGAUCAUGGAAGCGAUUGAGGCCGAGAUUCCUUUGGUUGUUGCUAUCACGGAAGGCAUUCCCCAGCAGGACAUGGUUCGCGUCGUUAGAGCAUUGAAGACUCAGGACAAGACUCGUCUUAUUGGGCCAAACUGCCCUGGUAUCAUUGCUCCUGGUGCCUGCAAGAUCGGCAUCAUGCCCGGCCAUAUCCACAAGGUCGGAAAGAUCGGUAUUGUCUCCCGCUCGGGUACGUUGACAUACGAGGCUGUGAACCAAACAACCGAGGUCGGCCUUGGUCAAUCCCUCUGCAUCGGUAUUGGCGGCGACCCCUUCAACGGCACAAACUUUAUCGACUGCCUGACACUGUUCCUCGAGGACCCUAACACGGAGGGUAUCAUCAUGAUCGGAGAGAUCGGAGGCAGUGCUGAGGAGGAGGCGGCCGAGUUCCUGAAGAAGUACAACUUGACACGUGAGAAGCCCAAGCCCGUGGUGUCCUUUAUUGCAGGACGUACUGCACCUCCGGGACGCCGUAUGGGUCAUGCGGGCGCUAUUAUUGCGGGAGGCAAGGGUGGUGCGGAGGAUAAGAUCAAGGCACUCGAGAGUGCCGGAGUCGUGGUCUCGCAGAGCCCCGCGAAGCUGGGUGUCUUGAUGAGGGCUGAGAUGGAGAAGGCUGGCUUGCUUUAACGGUAGGAGGUUUUUUUUUACACAGGGUCAUAAAUAUUAACGAUUCGCUUGAGAAUGUGGAGUGAUACGCGAGGUGUGGGAAUGAGGUUGGGAGUGCACGAGCAGCAUGGGUUAAUAAACGGCGUUUGACGCUGAGACGCAUUUUGCGAUG